CACACCUACACAGAGACACGCUCACUCACACACUCACACGCGUAUAACAGGAAUGUAAUUCAUGGUGUUUGUAAACUCAGGCAGUCAUUGUGUUGCUACUAAGCCUUCACUUCCCUCUCCGCGGAUAAGUUUCAAUUUUUCUUUUUUUCUUUUUUUUUUAAACGAGCUGAAAAGUGCACAUUUUCAUCUGCUGCCAUUUGGGGGAAGGUGUCCCUGCUCGUACGCUAUUUGCUGAACCCUCGGCGACCACAGUGAUAACUCCCACGAUGCCCUAACUGUUCGGCAGCACCUGCGAUAUUACUGUGACCUAUACAUUGCCAGCUGCUUGAGCGUUGGAGGUCAAGCCAGAUGUGUCACAGACUUUUGCAGGGCACGAGCCAAAUGUGUAUCUAAAAGCGAGACCGGAGCGGCCGCGCUUCGAAACCUGCCGGGGGUCGUGCGGAGGCACGGCAAGCCGUCCCGCCGCACUUUCCACCAGCCGCACAGCUCCGCGCCUGUCCCGCAGUGCCCGAGCUCUCGCGCUCCUGCCGGGUUUUUUUGACGCGAGGACCUUAUCUUGACGCUCCGGAGCUCACGGUCAUUCAUAAACUGUGCCAUCACAUCAGUGGCCUGGGCGUUCUCAAGCUGUACGUACCACAUCCCGUUCAAAGUUCAACACGGCCUCCUGCAAGCCACCCUAUCCUCGCGCUGCGCCGCUGCAAGGGCGACCCCGUGUGGCCUGUUGAGCUCUGUGAUGCCCGAGGGACCAGCUGUGUGUUAUCCGGUGCCACCUCUGAUAUGAUGCCGAGAGCAGGAGGGGCAGCCACCUCUCUCGCGCUGCUGCUGCUGCUGCCGUUGCUGUGCUGCUGCCAUCUGUGCCACUCACUGCGGGUUCCAAAGCUCUCUUCUUAUGCAAAAGCAGAGGACAAGCUGUUCAAAUACCUCUUUGGAAACUACCAGAAAUGGGUUCGUCCAGUGGAAUACCUAAAUCAGACGAUCUGCGUGAAGUUUGGACUGGCGAUCUCCCAGCUAGUUGAUGUGGAUGAGAAGAACCAGCUGAUGACAACCAAUGUGUGGAUGAAACAGGAGUGGACUGACAUGAAACUCAGAUGGAACCCGGAUGACUAUCUGGGCAUCACAAUUAUCCGAGUCCCCUCUGACAGGCUCUGGCUUCCUGACGUUGUUCUGUAUGAUAAUUCAGACGGGCGUUUUGAGGGAACUGUCACGAAAGCUGUUGUUAAGUAUGAUGGAACAAUAUCAUGGACACCACCAGCCAAUUACAAGUCAGCCUGCACCAUCGAUGUCACUUUCUUCCCAUUUGACCUCCAGAACUGUUCCAUGAAGUUUGGCUCCUGGACGUAUGAUGGCUCCCAGGUGGACAUCAUUCUGGAGGACUUCCAUGUGGACAAGCAGGACUAUUUUGACAACGGUGAAUGGGAGAUAGUGAAGGCCACAGGCAGCCGCGGUCUGAGGACAGACGGCAGUUCUUCCUAUCCCACCAUCACCUACUUCUUCAUCAUCCGCAGGUUGCCUCUUUUCUACACUCUCUUCCUCAUCAUCCCCUGCAUUGGCCUGUCCUUCCUCACCAUCCUUGUCUUCUACCUGCCCUCCAACGGCGGUGAGAAGAUCUCUCUCUGCACCUCGGUGCUGGUCUCACUAACCGUUUUCCUCCUGGUCAUCGAGGAGAUUAUCCCGUCCUCCUCAAAGGCUAUUCCUCUCAUCGGGGAGUACCUGGUCUUCACCAUGAUCUUCGUCACGCUCUCCAUCAUUAUCACCGUCUUUGCCAUCAACAUCCACCACCGCUCUUCUUCUACGCAUCAUGGCAUGGCACCCUGGGUGAGGAAGAUUUUCCUGCAUCGACUACCUAAGCUGCUGUGCAUGCGCAGCCAUGUGGACCGUUACGCCACAGCUGGAGUAGCCAGGGCUGGGGGAGUAGCAGGGCUGGGUAUGAUGAAAGACUCAGCACCUGAACUCACACCCCUACUCUACACAAGACGUCACCUACAAGCAGCUUUGGAUUCUAUUCGCUACAUAACCAUGCACGUGGUUAAAGAAAAUGAGGUCAGAGAGGUAGUACAAGACUGGAAGUUUGUAGCCCAGGUUCUGGAUCGAAUGUUUCUGUGGACCUUCCUCCUGGUGUCGAUCCUGGGCUCUGCUCUUCUUUUUAUCCCAGUUAUUUACAAAUGGGCCAACAUCAUUGUCCCUAACCAUGCUGGAAGUACCCUCUAAGAACCACACAUGGGGGCAAACUAACCACAAAUGGAGUCAAAGCACAUUAACAGCUCACUAUGGGUCGUAUUUGAGAGACUGUGAUACUGAGAGUACGGCUGAGAUACGGGCCUGCUCUACACAGUCAUUCUGUAAACUACAGCUGGGCCAGAGUUCAAGCUGCAGAUUUCAGGCCUCACUUGCUUAGUACAUCUCACAGAGACAUGUUUUUUUUUAUUAUAGAGAGAUUCUUAAUUCUGUAUUUAGUUUAAUUUAAAGAUAAAUGAAAAGACUCAAUUGAUGUACUACAUAUGAUAAGAAAAGUCAAUAUUUAUUCAGCGAUAUCCUAUGAUUUUUGUUUUUUAAGUACAUUCAUUUCACCCACUAUACAUGCUGGCAUCAUAGAGGAGAUUUAUCAUUGGGGCUGGUAGAUGGUCAUAGAUACAAAAUGGCAAGAACAUGUCCUCACAGGAUCGUUUGGGAUCAAUGUCUCACUAACGGCCCUUAUGUUUAUGCAGGUUACAGGACACCGUGAUGAAUUCAAUUCAUUUGAUUUCAAUACGUUAUGCGUUCCUGGAAAAGCAAUUACAAGGCAGUUUGUCACCCAGAUCAACAGAUCCACACACACAAUAGAUGGGGGAAGACAUUCAUUCUCAUUUUACAUACUAUUCUGUCUGCCUGUCCACCAUCUAUAAUGUUUGGAAAGAUGACCACUUUAUGUGCGGGGCAUAAUUCAAAUAAAAGGUGGUAAGUCACGUCAAGUCAAGUCAAGUCAGUCUUAUUUAUUUAGCACCAAAUCAUAACAGAAGACCGUACUCUUUAUAAUAUUAUUUACAGAGACCCAACAUUUCCCCAAGCACUUGGCGACAGUCACAAGUAAAAGUCCAUUUUAACAGGUAGAAAACCUUGAACGGAACCUGGUUCGUGAUGGGCGGCCGUCUGUCUCAACUGAUUGGGUUAAGUAAAUAAAAAAUGAUAAACAAAAACAAGCAUGUGAAAAGAAUGUAAGACAUUUUUGUCGUUUUUGUUUACCCCAGAGAGAGAUGAGCAAGAUGUAUAAAGGAAGAAGGGACCUAAAGAAGUCCACUAGAAGGUUCCACUGCUAAACUGAGUUGAUCUUUGCUACUAGGACCUCCUUCAUCUGUUUCGUUGCCCGUUAUUCUUUCAGUUCCUUCAUAGCAGCCCUAUUGAUUUUUCUCUCUUCUUGUCCUGUCCCUAAUAUAGUAAAUAAUAAAAGGGGCUUCACAUGGAAUUUAAAGUGGUGGAAAACCUGUAAGGCUGAAAUAAAAAUUUACUGCAAAUCUGCAAUUUACAUCUAGAUGAAUAAACAGAUUCUAUGCUGCUUAAUUUAGUAAAGAUAGGAGUUGAAAAUUAUAGAUCCGCAAGUGGUGGUUCUGGUUUUUUCUUC